UGUUAAAAGGGAGCUUCCAAACUCCAGGAAGGCUUAAAGCGGUUACAAUGGACGGCGAAGACGACAUCGAUAAUUGGUCUCGCUUGACGCCCGCGCUAUUGCGCAAAAUAGCUGGCUGUUUCCAUCCGCAUGAAGUUGUAACCUCGAUGAAGCUAAUCAAUAGCAAGACGGCAGCGGCGCUGCGUGAGUACAAAUCUACUCUGACGCUGGGCGUGGCUCGCACGCGCGCUGGCGACCCGUCUCCCCACCGUGCGGUUAAACCCUGGCCGGGGCACGCCUUCACGGCGCACUGGGGCUGCCCCGAGCCCUGGCGCUGUCUCAGCCUUCGCCAGCGCGAGCGGCUGCUGUGCCUGGCCGCGUCCUCUGGCCACGUGCCCAGCCUGGACGCGGCCCUGGCGCAUUGCGGCUGCGCCCUGAAGCCGGAGGUGCUGACGGCGGCGGCUGCAGCCGGCAACCUGGCGAUCUGCGAGCGGCUGCUGCACGGCGAGGGCUGCUCUAUCAGCAAUGAGGCAGUAGCAGCCGCGGCGGAGGGCGGCCACAUGCCCGUGCUUCAGCUGCUGCUGGGGGUGACUGGAGGCAAGCCGACGCCAACAUGGCUUGACGCUGCGGCCCAGGGCGCCUGCGCAGGCGGCCAGCCCCACAUCCUGGACUGGCUGCAGCAGGCGCACGGCUACAGCCUGAAACCAGAGGACGCGGUUGCGGCGGCGCGGGCGGGGCGGGAGGAGCUGCUGGAGGGCCUGCUACUGCCGCGGCUGUUCCCGGCUGUAGCACUGGCAGCAGCAGCAGCACCAGCAGAAGCAGCAGCACCAGCACCAGCACCAGCACCAGCAGCAGGCGCAGGGGCAGCAGGGGGCGGCGCCGGCGAUGUUGCAAACGGCGCGGCGGCGGCGGACCGGCAGCGUGACAGCGGGCCUGGAGACGACAGCCAUGGUGGCAACGGCGAUUGUGUUGAUCGCGAUCAUUGUGAUCAUGGCGAGGAUGGCGAGGAUGGCGGCGACAGCUCGGCGUUUGGCAGCAAGUGGCAGCUUCUGGAUGCAAUUAUUCACGGCUGCCCCGUUGACUUGUUGCAACGAUAUUAUACCAGCCUGUGGCGCUGGCGGCCGCAGGCCGCGCCGGCGGCGGCGGCGGCGGCGGCCGGCGGCGCGCUGGAGGCCGCGGCGGCGGCGGCGGCGCGGGACCGUGACGCCUGGUUCGACGGUCUGUUGUCGUCCGCCGUGGGCAGCCCCACGCCCUGCUGGGCCGCCAAGCUGGAGCUCUUGCUGCGGGCGUGGGGCCCGACGCUGGCGCCGCUGGUGCUGGAGAGUGCGGAGCUGGGGCGCGGCCUGCGGUUGGCGGCGGGGCAGCUGCCUGGGCCCGAGUUCCUGGCGCGGCUGAUGCGGCUGCGGGCGGUGGGGGUGCCGCUGGGUGAAGGUGGCGGCGGCGGUGGCUUUGGCGGUGAUUUUGGCGGUGAUUUUGGUGGAGGUGGCGGUGCAUUUGGUGGUGAUUUUGGUGGCGGUGAGUUUGGAGGUGGUGGUGAGUUUGGUGGAGGUGGCGGCGGCGGCGGCGUGGAUGGCGCGGCGCUGGAUGCCGCGGUGUGGGGCGGGCAAGCCGAGGCGCUGGCGUGGCUGUGGGAUGAGUGUGGCCUGGGGGAGUGUUUGCAUGGGGGCGGCAUGGCGGGGCUGUGGCGGAGGUUGUGUAGGCGGGGCGGCUGGGGCUGCGCCGCAGCGCCGCCAGAGCGGUGCGUCGUGUUGUUGCGAGUGAUGCGGGAGCGGGGGCUGGAGGCUCUGAGCCGGGCCGACAUCACCCGAGUGGAGCGCGCCGGCAACCUCGCGGCUCUGGCCUGGCUGCGGCGCUGCGGCCUGCUGCCGCCGCCGUAGGGCUGUAGCACUGCCGCCGCCGUAGGGCUGUAGCGGCGCCUGCUGCCACCGUAGGGCUGUAGCACGCAGUGAGGUCCUUCCGUGCCUGCUGGCUGUUGCCGCCGUCUGCCUGCUGCCAUUCGGUCGGGGGCCUGCUGCCGCUGUAGGGCUGUCGAACCGUCUGCUGAUGUCGCUGGGGGUACACUAAGUACGUAUGAGGACGUGGCUGAGUGCUGUGCCGUGGCUGCUCCUGCAGUCCUCCUAACAGGCCGGAUAGCUGUGGAGGCGAAGGUACAGAGGUAGACUGCGGGGGUACUUAGCACCCUCGCGCGACAGCAUACGUAGGGUCUUCAGACAGUUCAGGACGGCGUCUUGAAAAUCAGCGCUCAGGCUGGGCUUGGUACUGGGACCUUGGUUGAGGUAGGUGUCCAAGCUUGGGGUUAGCAGGGUAGCUGGAGAGGGGGUUAGCGUAGCGUUGCAGGGGGUGAUGGUGGAGGCUGCGGCUGCGCGUUCCGCAGUUUGAGGCAAUGCAUGCAACAGGCCCUUUGUGCAACAUUGCGCUGGGCGUACGGUCAGAAGUCGUGUCGGAAGCAGCCACUCCGUGAUUGAAAGAGGUUUGCCACUUCGCCCUGUCGGAAUAUAAGAAUUUGGGUUGGCAAGCCAGGUUUGCGACUUGUUGAAUGCAGCCAGGUUGAAUGCAGCCAGGUUGAAUUCCCAGGUUGACUUAAGGUCAUGCCAUUGCCAGCCGCAUGCACGCAUGCCCCGGGGCGUGUAGAUCCCCCGCGCUAAGAGGCAUAGGGGCUUCUCCCCACCUCAUGCUCACUCUGAGACGUAAGCGCAUGCGACGAGGUGGGGCUUGCAACAAGCCGAAUGAGGUGUUGUGGGCCGUGUGAGUGGCGGGAGCAGGUGUUGUCGCAGGGUCCAGCUGGUAGCUGGGUCCAGCACUUUCCAGACUGUCCCCGGCGCUAUCACGGAUUGACCGCUUCCGACACGACUUCCCACCGCACGCCUAGCACAUUACUGCACAAUGGGCCUGUUGCCUUCCUAUAAUUCCUGG